AUGGUUUUCCGUCCAGACAGCCCCGUCGAACUUCCUGAUGGUCGCCUGGUGUGUGGCUCGCACGGGCUCGUGAUCUGUGGCAUCUGCACGGUAGACUAUAGCUUCAUGGAAGAAGAUGACAUGGAAGAAGGGGACGACUUUGAAGACCGUGACAUGGAUAACGACGGAGACAGUGACGAUGAUGAUGAAACUCAUGAUCCUCCUGAAAAUCCUCUACGUGGCUAUUUCAUUUCCCACCCUCUUGGUACGGGUCUGGGUAGGGAGUGCACGGUCGGUACGGGACGCGUGAUCCCUACGAAGUUUCAUCCUCCAAAUCCGAGUGAUACGCCAGAGUCACUUUUCCCACUUCGCAUUGGAGAAAGGUCUACGCCACGUGUACGUCGGUUCACUCGUAAAUCCGACUUGGGCACCCAAUUCCUUAUUUACACCGAUGGAGCGUGUUUGGACAACGGCGGGGCGAACCCAAGAGCCGGUUGUGCCUUUGUUUUCAAACCUACUACACAAAACCCCCUAGUCCACGGCUAUACUGCCUUUCGUCUGGAAAACGAAGGACCCACCGGCGAACGACAUCCGCAAACAAGCAAUCGCGCAGAAUUGCGCGCCGUUAUCGCAGCUUUACGAUUCCGAUAUUGGCCUGGAGAAGGCGCGGAUGGACUAGUUAUUGCAACGGAUUCCGAAUACGUAGCCGAAGGUAUAACAACCUGGAUACGCGGAUGGCAACGGAGGGACUGGAAGACGAGCAUGGGGGCGCCAGUCAAGAACCAAGACCUUUGGCAGUGUCUGCUCGGGGAGGUGGAAUUCUGGAACGAGAAGGGGAUGAGCAUUGAAUUCUGGCGUAUUCCAAGAGAAUGGAACACUGAGGCGGACCGCCUUGCCAAAGAAGCCGCUAAUGAGGACCCAAUUGACGAAUUCGCCACUGUAUCGGGCGUCCUUGUUUAA